AUGGUUAACUAUUUUUUGUUCUGGACUCUACGGAUAUCGCAGUUAUUUAAUGAGUUCUACUGGACCUAUCAAGAUUAUUAUAUAGCCACAUGGGCUUUCAAUCAGACCUACGUAUCUGUAUUCAUACGGUGUUUCGGAGUGUUAUUGAUCACAUUUCAACGAUACAUUUCCUUGUGCAAAAAUGGUUCUCACAUUGAACAGAUAAUCAACGUUUCACAUCGUUGGAGUGUUGUAAUUGUGCAGUGGAGCGUCCCAAUGAUCUACUCGAUUCCACUUCUGCUUUUCAGCCAUGCUACCUUUUUUUCGUUGACGAAUCUCGAGGUGAUAACACCAAAGGAAUCUAUCACUCUCGCCACCUCUAUGGCCGUCCUUUUCGUUACUUUCACAUUCAUUCUAUGUAGUCUAUUCUAUGUGGCUAUACUGAGAUUUCUGAUCUAUGAAACGGAACGUAGCCUCCAUAUUCAAAUGUUGGGACUGCUAACUGGAUUUGCUCUUUUUCUGGUUUACAACAUCGUGCAGUUCACAUUUUCGCUCCGCUCCAAUGUUAGUUCACUCAAAAUAUUGCGCAUCCACGUGUUACUAGAUCUUCGUCAGAAGAGCAAUAACGCGUGA